CUACGCUCCUCCGGCCCCUGCCGUCUCAGUUCUCCGGCUAAAAAAGCUAACUUUUUCUUUCCAAUAGACGGAACAGUCUCACUACCUCACCGCUCUACUCAUUUAAACGAUCCGUAAGAUUCUGAACUAAUCACAAUGUCACUUACUUCAACUACACUCUGCGGAGGAGCCUCGGUUUUUCCCAAAGCUUUAGCUUGCAGCAUUGAGUUCCCAAGGAACCAUCUCUCGAUCCCUUUCCAAAGCUCAAAGAUUUUUUUGACUACACAUCCCAAGAAACAUGCUACUUGGAAUCUAACCAGAAACAUUACUCCCAUCCAAACAACUAUGUGUCAUGCUAUGCAAGUUGAGACUAAGGGGUUGUUUACCCCUGGGAAGAAGUUUCAACUUAGUGAUGUGAUUGAAGGUCAACAGUUUGACAGGGAGAUGCUAAGUGCUAUCUUCGACGUUGCACGAGAAAUGGAGAAGAUAGAAAAAAGCUCUUCUCAAAGUGAAAUACUCAAAGGCUACCUAAUGGCUACACUCUUUUACGAGCCUUCUACACGUACCAGGCUCUCGUUCGAAUCUGCAAUGAAACGCUUGGGAGGAGAAGUGUUAACUACUGAGAACGCUAGAGAGUUUUCGUCUGCUGCUAAAGGGGAAACACUUGAAGAUACCAUAAGAACGGUGGAGGGUUACUCAGAUAUAAUAGUGAUGCGACAUUUUGAAAGUGGUGCUGCUAAAAAAGCUGCAGCUACUGCAAAUAUACCCGUGAUUAAUGCAGGUGAUGGUCCUGGAGAGCAUCCCACUCAGGCUCUCUUGGAUGUCUACACCAUCCAAAGUGAAAUUGGAAAACUAGAUGGCAUCAGUGUAGCCUUGGUUGGAGAUCUUGCCAAUGGAAGGACGGUCCGGUCCCUUGCAUACUUGCUUGCCAAAUUCAAAGACGUGAAAAUCUACUUUGUUUCUCCUGAAAUUGUUAAGAUGAAGGAUGAUAUAAAAGACUAUUUGACAGCAAAUGGGGUGGAAUGGGAAGAAAGUUCAGAUUUAAUGGAAGUAGCAUCAAAGUGUGACGUAGUUUACCAAACCAGAAUCCAGAGAGAGCGGUUUGGAGAAAGACUUGACCUUUACGAAGCAGCUCGUGGGAAGUAUAUCGUAGACAAGGCACUCUUAGGAGUGAUGCAGAAGAAUGCUGUCAUCAUGCAUCCUCUACCUAGAUUAGAUGAAAUAACUCCAGAUGUUGAUGCUGAUCCAAGGGCUGCCUACUUCAGACAAGCAAAGAACGGUUUGUUCAUUAGAAUGGCUCUUCUGAAGCUACUGCUUGUCGGUUGGUAACAAAAUGGUCUUAGAGGUAAAAGUUCCUAUAGUGAACUGAAUCUCAAGCUUGUGACAUAAGAGACGUAUCAUCAGUGCAAGGACUCAGGGUGUUCUUAUGUGUUUGUGUGCUCAGCAUAAAAGCUGUGAUCGUGAUGUUACAACUUCGGACAACAUAAUGGUAGUUGGUUUGUUGAUCUUGACAUUACAUUAAUCCGACCUAUCUGAGGAAUUGUUGUUGUUGAACUUUAUGAAUAAAUUUAUUUCUUCCACCAUUAAGCGGAA